CUGUCUUUGUAAACGCACCAGCAAACGUCACGCUACGGUUCACUACUGUCGACGGGAAACAUUUCUUAUUUUUCUAUUUAUAUCUAAAAUUCCUAAUUCUUAUUAUCUGACCAAAUGUGAUAUUUAAUUAAGCGCGAGUCUACUGUUAAUUUAAUUGACUUCACAGUGCAAUACGCUCCAUUCAUGCCAGAAUGGAGCAACCAAAUAGCAUAGUUUUGUGCGACAAUCUCAUUAAAUGGUUGCAGACCUUAAAUCUUAAGGCUAAACAUGGAAAUCCGUCAGAACUCUCAGAUGGGGUGGCCAUUGCCGAGGCUCUUACACAAGUCGCCCCGGAAUAUUUCUCCCCAUCAUGGAAUACCAAAAUCAAAACAGAUGUGGGUCACAACUGGAGGCUAAAAGUCAGCAAUCUGAAGAAAAUAUUAGAAGGUGUAUUUGAUUAUCAUCAAGAUAUAUUAAAUUUGAGCCUGCAAGACUUUUCACGGCCUGAUGUAGUCAAUAUUGCUGAACAUGCAGACCCAUCAGACUUAGGGAGACUAUUACAACUUGUUCUUAGUUGUGCCGUGAACUGCGAUAAGAAAGAAGAAUACAUCACGAGAAUAAUGGAGCUGGAACUCUCAUGUCAGCGGUCGAUCAUGCAAGCUAUACAGGAAUUGGAGACGUUGACGCUGGGCGGAAGGGGGGCGCCGCACGCGGACGCGCCGGAGCCCGACACGGACAUGAGGGAGGUGCUCGCCCAGCGGUGCCAUGAACUUGACACGCAGGUAAAAGUCCUCCAAGAAGAGAAGAUGACGCUACUAAGCGAGGUGGCGCGGCUGACCGCGGCGAGGCAGGACGAGAGGGCCGACGACGAUGACGCCGAGCUCGACGAGGCGGGCGCCUCCCUUGGGCCUGCACACGCGGGAACAUUACGAUACAGUAAUAUGCGGGCGCAGUUAGACGCGUUGAAGGACGAAUUGGACAAAGUAGAACUACAGAGAGAUGACCAGCGGGCGAGGGCCGACGCGCUCGAGCGGGAGUUAGCGCUCAUGAAAUUAAGAAACGAAGAGUUACAAAUAGCAGCGUCAGAGAACGUAACGCUCAAAGAUGAGGUGGACGCUUUAAGGGAGACGGCUGCGAAAGCGGCCACACUUGAAGCCACCGUGGCUUCUUAUAAGAAGAGGAUGGAGGAACAUGUCGACUUGAGGAGACAGGUGAAACUACUCGAGCGAGCGAACACAGAGCACGUGCAACGAGCGAUAGAACACGAGCAGGCGGCCACGCGAGCGAACGCGUUACGCGCUAAACUAGACAUUUAUAAAAAACAGGUUAUAGAUUUAAAUGAGAAACUAGACGCUGAAAUGACGAAAGCGGACAAACUGGAAAUAGAAAACAAAAAACUGUCGAGCCGAGCAGAUUUCCUGCAGCGCGAGCGAGACAAACUAGUGUGCGACAGGGACGCACUGAAGGAAACGGUGGAGGACCUCACCCACUAUACUAUAACUGCAGGGGCCAGCGAAGACAACGUGUCGCAGGAGCUGAUCCCGACAGAGAUGAAGGAUAAGCUGAUACGGCUCGAACAUGAGAACAAACUGUUACGGCAGAACCAGGGUGCGCAGGCCGACCAGGGUUCUGUACAGGCUUUGCUAGAAGACUACGCAGCGCGGUUAGAGAAGCAACGCGCGCUACACAGAGAGCAGAACCAGCGCAUCAUGCAGCUGGAGGCCGCGCUCGAGGCCGCGCCGGCGAGGGACCCGCGCCUCGCUACCGCCAUGGAGGACAGCCAGCGGAAAUCAUUACAAGUAGAAGAGUUGCAAGCCGCUCUAGCAGAAGAGCGCCGGCGCGCCGGGAAGCUGCAGGAGGCGCUCGCGGCGCGGGACGCCGAGCUCGUCGCCACCGAGGACAAGUACAAGCGGUGCGUCGAGAAGGCCAAGGAGGUCAUCAAGUCGCUGGACCCCAGGGCUGCGGCGUUGCCGUCGCUGUCGGAUAUGACGUUGGGCUACGCGCGCGGCGCAGGCGCCGGUGCGGCCAGAGGCGAUGCUACGCCCAACAAUAACCGACACGAAUGGAGCGGCAGCGGCAGCGGCGGCGGCGGCUCGGAGCCGCGCGGCAGCACGGAGCAGCGGCUGCUGGCGUCGGCCUGGUACCAGCUGGGCGCGCGCUGCCACCGCGACGCCGUCGAGACGCGCUUCGCGCUGCUGUCCGCCGGACACUCCUUCCUCGCGCGCCAGCGCCGCCAGCCCCCGCACCCCCACCCCCGAGCGCGAGCGGGACCCCCCGCGCAGCCCUGACACCCUACGGUGCACUAUGACAAGCUCUGCGCCAGGAUACGGCAGACGUAAGCGCGUCGUAUGUGAGAGGGUAUGUGCCGUUACUUUUACGCGGUAGACUGCUGUCGGCCAGUCCCUCACCCCCGCGCGGCCCAGACACCUCUGGGUGCAUCAUGAUAAAGUGCAGGGUACCUAUGCGUCGUUUGUUCUGUACUCCGAAUAUAGUGCGGUAUCCCUCGGUCGAUGUUAUUUGUAUAACGUUGUUAACCUGCUAAAUGAUAAAGCUUUUUAACAAAAACUGCGUCGAUUAAACUCUGUUUUUAUAUCCCGGAUGCCAUAAUGACGAUUCGUACAGUCAACUGUAAAAAUAUGGGUGUAGCUAACUUAUUCAAAAAUAUGUCCCAUAGUUCUUAAUUCGCUGACAUAAGAGCUAUGGGACAUAAUUUUGAGAUGAUUUGUGCACCCAUAUUUUUACAGUUGACUGUACACGUGAUUGGUACAAGUCAUUUUGUACCAAAAUUACAAAUCGGUUUGGCACAUUGGGGCAACCAAAUUGUCAAUUUAUGGAUAUAAAAACAAGCUUUAAAGUUCGUUUUUUUAGCAUUAGAAAUAAGGUGAACAAUCUUUAUGUGUCGUUUUAUUGAAAAACACAUUUUAAAAAUAAGUUAUGGCUAAUAUGUAACAACUAUGAAUCUAAUACGAUCAUUUAUAUUCUUCUGCUUUCAUAAGUAAUAGUUACUGAUUUUUAAAAAGCGUAUUUCAAUUAGAAAACAUGUCAAGAUUGCUUACCUUCUAUGAAGUUCUUUCUAAUGCUAAAAAAAAACAAACUAUAGGUGCCGUAAAUAAAACUUACUUCGUAUGUAUUUAAAGUUUAAACAGUCUUACUAUAAUUACAAACACAAUAUUUAAUUUCACUAAAUAACGGUAAGUACCACUUCGAAAAGUCAACUGUGGGUGCAUUUAUGAUUAGAUAAAAUUUGACACUAACGGACGGCGCUGGCCUGCCGGUGCCUUAGUAAAAUGUGACAAAAGAGUAGCUCUAGACGGGCUCAAAUACAUUUUAAAUAAAAUUAUUAUUGUAAAUUAUCUGAUUAUCUUCUUAACCUCGUAAUUUACUCGAUUUCACGAAAAUCUUACAGUUAAGUUUAUCACAUCAGAACGUAACUUGAUAUACCAGAAUAUCUUUAUUUUUGUGAAGUGGUCUUAAACUGGAUAGUAUUUCAAACUGAAUGCGUAAAAGAACACAAAUACGAGAUUCAGAAGAGAUCAAUCCAAAAGUAGUUGAGGUAAAUAUACCGAUCUAUUUUUUUAUUAGUGUAAACUCGUUUAAGGUGUAGACGUGCAGAUGUACAUAACAAUUUUCCGUCGAUUUUCACGGAAACGUAUGAACGUGUCAUGUUCUUUCAGUCAAUCACAGUACAAAAGGUACCGAGGCUGACUGCAGUAGCAUGACGAAAUGUGAAUGUUUGCGAGGAAAUACGAUGGAAAACGAUUAGGUAUACCCACAUAUGUACAAUGAUACAUACAUGCUAGCACAUGUAUCGCGUAGCUAGAUGCGCAAUUAAUUGAGCAAAAAUUUUGCCUCGCUGUAAAUCUAAAUGGGUGAAUUUCAGUGUGAAAUUAAUCGCUUUUUGAAAUCAUUAAUGGAGCAUUCCACGGGCUGUCCCGUACAAACGCGUUUUAUUUCCUGUGUUGCGACUUUUUUCUCGGCAUUUAAAGCAGGCGAUUAUUUUUCUGUGCAUAUUUAUGACCAUUUGUCAUAGAAAAGGAAACUCUUACACCUUUAAAUCUUCAGAAACUUCGCGUUUGUACGGGACAACGGUAGACAAUUUCAUGGAAUGCUCCAAUACACAGUCUUUAUCAGUCAAUUUAUAUUCACUCCGUGCGUGACUGUCGCGCCGCCUUAGUUGUUGUGGGACAUAUAGCUUAUUUGACAGUUGUUAGUCCCAUGAAAAUUCAUAUUUUCACUAAGUUGUGGAUUAGCGUUGCUAUGUAUUUCUCCACCAUCAACUUAGCACGUAGCUUCUUCUUCUUCUUCUCCCUGCCCUUAUCCCACAUUAUGUGGUGUCGGCACAACAUAUUUUCUCUUCCAUUCUCCUCUGUCUUUAGUCACCUCAGCAUUCGCUCCUUUCUUUCUCAUAUCCUCUUUCACACAAUUCAUCCAUCGUUUUUGGGUCUACCAUCCGCUCUCCGUUCAUUAACAUUCAUCCCUAAUAUUCUUUUCCCUAGCUAAUAGAAGCAGCCGUAAACAUAUUAUUCGUACAUUGAUAGAUGCAAAAAUGCUAUCUAAUCCCUAAACAAUAAUCUUGUUUCGAUAUGAUUAAACAUGGAUACUAAAUUACGUUUCUCUGUUCUAACGUUGUAGGUAGGUAAAUUAAGUUUAAAAAAGCCAAUUAGCCAAUUGAUAGUGCAUCAAAACUCUUAGGCAUUUUCGUUAUUCCAAAUUAAGACUACGUUUUGUAGCGACGCAAUUUUAACUUUAUAUGUUAUGUUUAACAAGCAUUUAUAAAAUUGAUUAUGAUUACCAGAGGAGAUAGUAGUAGUAGUAGCAUUUGUACUGCUUUAUUUAGAUAAGUAGUUUUAUUUUUCAACUUCAUGAAUAAUCUGCAAUAGUUACGCACACAUAGUCCUGGCAGUAGAAGCAUAGAUUGCUAUGGCUGGUUAUAUUAACAUCACCGAUAAAAUACAGACUGCCGGCCGUAUUUUAAAUAACAACAAGCUUUUAUUCCUAACCACUAUGAUAUUAUAACGCAAAGAAAGCCUAUAACUAGACUUUGACUGCGUUAUAAUAUAAAUUAAAACAUUUUUCAUCUAGUUGUGUGUUUUAAUAAUUUUCCGCUCACAGAAAACAGCUUCACUUCACAAUUGUUUUUGUUAAAAGUAUUAUUUAGGUUUAUUUAAUGCUCAACCAUUGUUAAAGUUAAGCAAUGUAUUAAUACAGGAUUCUUCGCACUUUUCUUACAAGGUUCCUUAUUGAUUUUUGAACAAAUUUAAUCUAAGAUUUAUUUUAAUGAAGUAAUACGAAGCCUAUAACUUGACAUAAAACAUGUAUUUUCUUAUUACAAUAUUAAGUAACCAGUGAUCCAUUUAUAAAAAAAAUAUGCUAAGAUUACACGAGUUGUGUAGUUUUGUGACAUUGAUAACAGCAUUGAGUGGUGUUUUUUUAAGACACUUAAUAGGUCAUACAGAGAAGUUGAUUUUAAAAACUUUAGGUAAACAACUUAGCUCGUGUAAAAUAUAUGUUGUCUGUUAGUUAAUAAAAUAAGACUAUUUUUAAUAACAUCACACCUAAAGCCAAUUAUUAUUAUCCACCUUUAUAACAUAGAUAUUUAUGUGAUAAUUUCAAUGUUAUUAUAAGAAAAUGUCAAAUUGACGUAACAUCGCAGUAGGUAAAAUAUUGACAAAGUGUACCUUUAGUGUAGAUUCUUUUUUAGUUUAUUUAUUAUGCAAUAUUCAAUAUUUAAGGUGCAGUUAACAAAUUGUUUAUUUGUAUAACUUUACGUUGUAUAAGUGAAAUGUGAUUAAUUGUUGGAAAGACAAUAUACAUUAUAUUAUUCAGUUUUGAGAUGAUAAUAUAUAACUUUUUCCUA